AUGCCCGCGAAGCGCUGGAGCCUGCGGGCGUGCGAUUCCGAGAAGCAGGUGCAGAGGAAGCCGGCCGUCAACCCCAAGGCCGAGGGAGGGCGACGCUCGGCGGCUCGCCACAGCCUCGUGCAGCUGCAGCAGUGGGUCUGCCGCGGCGCACCGCAAGGCCCCUCCACGAAAUCCAGCCUGCGCUUGGCAUACCUCAACCCGGGACGCACGGGCUUCCUGCAACUAGGUUCGGAUAUGUUGCUCGAGUGGCGGCUUGAAGCCGUCGCGCAAGCGCUGGUAGAGCGGGAUGUCGACGCGUGCAUUCUUCCAGGCGCGCGUUCUCCAUCCGGCGCCUCUUUGCCACCCGGUUUCCCUUUUCUGUGGGAAGGGCCCACGUCCUCUGGCUGGGACUCCGUCGGCUUGUUUCUGCGCCCUGAACUGGAGCAUGCUUUCCGGCCACUCCCCGAAAUCUCCAGCACUCGCGAGCAGUGGUUUGAGCUGUGGGGCGCAGGCGAUGAGACCACCCCUAGCGCCGUCCUCUGCGCAAUGUACCCUGUCCACGGCGGGGACUGGGACACUUGGGCGUCCAUCGUUGCCCACGCGCGGCUGUUGCGACGUCGCUUUCCUGCUGCUCGCCUGCCUAUCGGGGGCGAUGCGAACCUCCACUUGUCGCACUGCGCUUCCCACGCCGUUGGGUGCCUCUGCCACCGUUGUCGACAGAGAGCCCCAGAUCGCGAGAUCCAGGCGUGGCUCGAUGACGCAGGGCUCCGCGCUUACAACCCCCCUUUGCCCACUCACGUUUCUGGCGCGACGAUUGAUCUGUUCUUGAGGCCUGCCGAAGCUUACCUUCCUGUGUCUGUCUUUGAUGAGUUCGUGGGCCUAUCGGACCACAAGCUUGUCCAUGUCGACGUUCCCUUCUCCCCGGCCCUUUCGUGGUCUGCGGGCUUUGGGCGAGUGUCCUGGGCGUCUGGGGACGAGUGGACGUCCGCGCUCAAAAGUAGUUCGGAUCUGCUGGGCGCGCUAGCGGACGCCGCGGAGCAGGCCGCCAGAAGCGCGCGGCUUUGGCCGCCCUGGUUCGGGGGUAACGCCACUCGUCUGCAGCGCCGAGCUGUGCUCAACAACGCGGCUUGGGCGAGGGACGCCACUUACGUCUUAGUAGGUCACGCUGCCGGGGCCGCGAAGGUGAGCCGCGUUGGUGCUCGCGAAGGGCGCGCGCCUUCACGAGCUCCUUUGAGUCCCGCGUCUUUCCCGACGCACGAGGCGCACAAGUCCGCCGUGGAGACUGAUGCGUGGCAGGAGCGGCGCAAUGCGGUCCACCGGUAUUUAUCCCUUAGGGGCACGAACGCAGGCGCGGCAGAACGCUUCCUCACGGGCGUUUUCAAGUCCUCAGCCCGGUUCGACAUACAGGUAGUGGACGAGUCUUCUGGCGCGGAUCUCUCGACAGUUGAGAUGCUCGACGCCAUCCGUAGGGACCUUUGCUCGCGCGACGAGAAUGACUCCCCGCAGGGCCCAGCCGAACGCGCGCGCAUGUCAAGCCAGGUCGCUGCCAUCCGUCGCGCUGGCGCGAGCUCCGGCCAGGCGGGGCCAGAGCAGCCGCACGCGGAAGAGGAAGUCGAGGCGGCCCUUGCGCUGCUCAAGCCAGGCAAGCGAACCGCGCGCAUGUGCAACGCGGCGGUGCGUGCCAAGGUUGAGGAGGGUUUCCGUCUCACGCGAGCCCUGUUGAACCUGGCGCGUGCCCUGUCCGUUACCUCGCGUCUUUGGUCGCUGAGGCAGUUUUCCCCGAUCCGCAAAUCGGGGCCAGCGGUAGUGCGUCGGCUCUCUGCCCUGCGUCCAGUUUCAUUUGCCAGUGACAUGGCGUCGGUUCAAGACGCGGCCUGGCUGGCGCGCAACUCCCACUGCAUAGAGGCUUACUGUGGUCCAGCCCAGCAGGGAGGCGUCGGCGACGCCAUGUCUUUGGUAAUUGCGCUCGUCAUGAACGCCCAACUCAGAGCAGCACAGGACCUUCCAACCUGGUGGGCGAUCGCAGACGAGAAAUGGGCCGUCGACGUCGCUUCCAUAGACGGGAUGCUCUUGGGCGUCUUCGCCGCGGGUUGCGGCACCGCGCAAGGGCGACGCUUUUCGGUCCACGCUUUCAAUGCGCAGCUGCGCGCUCUCCCUGCGGAGAUCGAACAGGUGCUGCCCUGCGAUCACCCAGCGGCCGUAGUCCUUCGCGCGGCGAAGGAUAUGGGCACCCCGACACGGGAGACCGCGGCGCUUCGGCUUCUGGGCCGCCUGCCCCCCCCGCCUGCUGACCUGCUAUGCCGCGCCAUGUUUCCGCCCGAGAGGAUCGAGGCUGCGCGGGGGGAUCGCGCUGCCAGGAAGGAGGUGCUGAGGGAGUACCGGCUAGGUUGCGCGCGCCCGGCCUUGCUCCAGCACGACCGGGCGGCUUUUGUCGCGGCCGCGUCUCGGAAGCUCGAAGCCUUGAGCCGUUCUUUUUGCGACCUGUGCCCUGGGAACUCCCUCCCUGACCUUGCCCUCCUCGCGUGGGAGUCUGGGCCUCACUUUUGGAAGCACUUUCAAUUGUGGGCUGUGGCGCGCGUGACUGGCGCUUGGCAGCUCUCUGUGUUGGGCGACGAUGACCACCCAUGCACCCUUGAGAGAUGCCGGGCACGUGGGUUUCGUAACGCGUCCUUGCGUCAUGCAUUGGCGGUGUGCCCAGUGCUUGCGGUGCAACGGCGUGAGAUCUUUCCUCUGGGGCCUGACCACCAGCCUCGGCCUGUAGGCAGCGACCUUUUCAUGCAACUUUUGGUCUGCGAGGGCGGUGACGCCAGUGAGCGCGUGAAGCGCGUCUCGUUCGGGAAGGAUGGGGCGUGA